AUGCUGCAGUGUGGCCGCGCCGCGCGCCUCCCAGGAGCGCCGCCCAGCGCGUCGCCGGACACCGCAGCAAAGCGUUGCAUCCGCUCAACAGAGGCACCCUGGGGGGCGCCCCUUGGCAAUGGCUGCCUUCUGAAAGGCGCCCGCCGCGUCGCCGGGCGCCGCGCGGCGCCCUGCUGCGCCGCAGCGGCGGAGCUCGGCUCGCUCCGGCCGCAAGCAGACGCAUCAGACGGACAGCAUACUGACAGCGGCGCCCGUGCGGCCGCGGCAGACGCGCCUCCGCCCAUCCCUCCUCGCCCGUGGGCCGCGCCCGCCGCCGGCGACUCGCGGGAUGCGAUUAGGAGCAGCGGCGGCGGCGGCGGCGAGGGCGCUCGAUUUGAAGUCCUGCAGUUUGACCCUCUAAUCCGCGCCAUUGCCGGCAGCUCUAGCAGCCAGCAGGUGCCAUUCCGGCCGCCGUGGCAGGGGCGCCGGGGCGGCGGAGCGCGCCCGCCGCCGGCCGGCCCCGGGGGCAAGGGGGCGCACGGCGCGGGCGCGGGGGCGCCGUCCUCGCGCCUGCGGCGCGCGAGAGGCUCCUUGGGUCGCCUGGGCGCAGCGGGGGGCGCAAGCGCCGCCCGCAGGCGCAGAUGGAUGGUCCCCACGACGGCCCGGUGGCUGCGCAGCGGCUACCGCGUGCGUCCGAUGCAGCCGCUGCGGCAGCGGGCACGGCAGCAGCAGCGGCAGCGGACGCGGGCGGCGCUCGAGCUCGACGCGCCGCCUGCUGCGCCAGGGGCAGGCCCGGCGCUUGACAUCCAGCAGGAGCAGCAGGGGGAGGCUGCGGUGGGGGGUGACGUCAUCACGGGGCCGGCCCUCCCCCUAGGCCCAUCGACCCCGCAGCAGCGGCCGCAGUGGCGCGGCGCCGCGGCCGGCGCCGCCGCCGGCGGCCCGCGGCGGCCAGAGCGACGGCGGCGGCAGCAGCAGCAGCAGCAGCAGCAGCAGCAGCAGCAGCAGCAGCAGCAGCAGCACCAGCAGCAGCAACAGCAGCAGCAACAGCAGCAGCAGCAGCAAACUCAGACCGCGGGCGGGCGGGAGGCGUGGCGCGGGGAGAGCCUGGAGGGAUUGCUAUCGCAGCUGAGGGCCCCGCCGCCGCCCGCGCCGGGCGACGCCCCAAAGGACGGCCCCGGGGAUGCCAUAACGUACCCGCCGAUCAGCAAGCCGUGGGGCUACGCCUGGCGCGCGGCGCCGCCGCUCGCGCGCGCCGCGUGGCUGGUCGAGCACGCAGCGGCGCAGGGCGGCCCCAGCGACCCGAAGACGCGCGCGCAGGUGCGCCGCGCGGCGUGA